AUGGCCAGUUCUGGGCUGUCGGGGACUGGAGAAGACCAGGAGGAGGCAGAGGAGGUGGCCUGCCCGGGCGCCCCUGUGGCAAUGAUGCUGGAGCAGGCCCAGGAGUUGUUUCUGCUGUGUGACAAGGAGGCCAAGGGCUUCAUUACACGACAUGACCUGCAGAGCUUACAAGGUGACCUGCCCCUCACACCUGAGCAGCUGGAGGCUGUCUUUGAGAGUCUGGACCAGGCCCACACUGGCUUCCUCACCGCUCGGGAGUUCAGGCUUGGCCUGGGCAAGUUUGUGGGUGAAGAGUCGGCCCAAGGCUCACUGCCCUCCAGGGCCACCGAAGAAACGUUUGAGUCUCGGGACCCGAGGGGCUCCCUGGAGGAGGAGGACGACGAAGAGCGAUUCUGUGCUACACUGGAACAGCUUGGGGUGUCCCGUGUCCUGGGCGAGCAGCCGGCGGUGCGGGCGCUCUGGGCCUCGCUACAGAGUGUGCGACCCGAACUGCUGGGCUGCUUCGAGGACGUCCUGAUGCGCGCAUCCGCCUGCUUGGAGGAGUCGGCCCGGGAACGGGAUGGCCUGGAGCAGGCGCUACGGCGGCGGGAGAGCGAGCACGAGAGGGAGGUGCGCUGCCUGUACGAGGAGAUGGAGCAGCAGCUUCGCGAGGAGCGCCAACGCCAGCGCGCUCAGGACCUCCCCAGGCAGGAAAGGAGAGGUCGCCUGGAGCAGGAACUGCAGAGUCGUGAGCUGGAGUUGGAGCGCGCGGGCCUGCGGCAGAGGGAGCUGGAGCAGCAGCUGCAGACCCGGACCGCGGAGCAGCUGGAGGCUCAAGCCCAGAACGUCCAGCUGUGGCUGGCCAACGAGGCGCUGCGGACACAGCUGGACAGAACUCAGGAGGAGCUCCGCAGGCUGGAGGGCGACGCGCGAGGUCGUCGGGAGCAAACCCGACGGGACGUGGUCGUGGUCUCCGGGAACAUGCAGAAAGAGAAGCUGAGCCUCCUGCGGCAGCUAGCGCUCCUCAGGGAGCUGAACACCAGGCUGCGUGACGAGAGGGAUGCCUGUGAGGCCAAAUGGCUGGGCAGUGGCGGGAGAAAGGCCCAGCCCACGGCGCGCCUGCAGGGGCCUGUUGGGUGCUAUUGCUGCGGCAGCUGGGUGCGCCCAGCCCGCCGAGGCUCUGGUCAUCUGCCCAGUGCCCGCUGA